AUGGACUUCAUGCUACUGGCUGGACCUCUGACUGCACCCCUGCACAACUUUAAUGUGCAGCAUGGAGACACCCAGCCUUGGUCUUUGAGAGGUCCGGGAGCAGAUGCCUUCAGCUGCAAGGGACCACUACCUGAGCAAUUCAGAGACUAUUUCCGAUAUCUCCGCACCUGGGGGGUGACACAUUUCAAAGUUCCCUUGUCCUGGUCGCACCUCUUGCCUACAGGGGACUCGGACCAGCCUGACCAGCAGAUAGUGGACUGCUACCAGACCCAGCUGAAGCAGCUCAAGCAGGAGGGACUGGAGCCACUGGUGGUCCUGCAUCGCUCGGCUAUCCCAGAGUCCUUGAGGGCCAGACACAGCGGCUGGGAGGACCAGGCCACAGUCGACUUGUUUGAAAGUUAUGCUGAAUUUGUCUUCUCUGUGUUUGGGGACCUGGCAGACUUUUGGGUCACAUUCAGCCAUAUCAGUGAGCUGGUGGGGGAAAAGCUGAAUGAUGCAGCCUCUUCCUCCCAAACGGGGGCAUCAGUGAUGAAUGCUCUGCUGGCUCAUGAGAAGGCCCACCUCGCAUACCAUCGCCGGUUUCCAGGUACAGGGGGACAGGUUUCACUUGGGGUGGAUGGCAAGGAUGUCUCCAUCUUGUCCCAAAAUGAGGCCACCAGUAGGGUACCAAUUGAUUUCUUGUCUGUGGAACUCCAGUAUAGCUGCAACCAGGAAGCAAGUCUGGAGAAUGAGCUGAGAAAUAUACAGGGAGCCAGUAGGGGCUUGCCCAUUUUAAUCUAUCAGCUAGGUAUCAAAGGCUGUGCCCCAGAACGUGACAGCUACCAGCCCCUCGCCAGCAUCCUGCAAGUCUUGAGGAAUCCAGACUUGAACAUCCUGGGCUGUGACAUCGCUGACCUAUUUGACAAGCUGAGUGUGAACCACACCGCUAAAAGGUCCUCAUCCGCAUACAAACAGGUGUGGGACAAGUUCAGCGUGCAAACCCCAGCAGAACGGGACCUCUUCCUGGCUGAGUCAUUCCCUGAUGGGUUUGCGUGGGGAGCCUCCAGUGAGUCCUUCAAGGUGGAGGGUGGAUGGGCGGAGCAUGGAAAAGGGGAGACCAUCUGGGAUCGCUUCGCCCAUGAGGGCCUCAUCCUUGGGAACCAAACUGCUGACUUAGCCUGCGACAGCUACAAUAAAGGAGACUACGACGUCUAUCUCCUGAGAGGCCUCCUCUCCAAGACCUACCAAUUUUCAAUUUCUUGGGCCCGAAUUUUCCCCUCUGGCCACAGGGAGAGCCAGAGUGAGAAGGGCACCCAAUAUUAUGACAAGCUCAUCAAUGCUCUUGUUGAGUCCAACAUCCAACCCGUGGUGACACUGCACCACUGGGACCUCCCACAGGCCUUGCAGGACUAUGGCGGGUGGACCAAUGACUCCAUCAUAGUGGCCUUCCGAGAAUUUGCAGACUUCUGUUUCUACAGGUUUGGAGAUCGUGUAAAGAUCUGGAACACCUUCAGCAGUCCCUGGGUUGUGAGCCAUGCAGGCUAUGGCACAGGAGAGCACCCUCCUAGUAUCAAAGACCCGGUGAUUGCCUCAUAUAAGGUGACCCACACAAUCCUGAAGUCCCACGCAGAAGCCUGGCAUGUUUACAACGAUAGAUACCGGGGGGUACAGGGGGGCAAAGUUGGUAUCGCCCUGAAUUCAGACUGGGCGGAGCCCACAGCCUCAUCUAUCUCUCCCCAGGAUGUGGAGGCAGCAGAACGGUACCUGCAGUUCAUGCUGGGCUGGUUUGCCCACCCUAUAUUCGUAGAUGGAGACUACCCACCCCUCUUGAAGAGCCAAAUUGCAGCGAAGCGGCAAGAGUGUCCUGGAGCAGAGCCCGCCGACCUGCCUGUCUUCACUGAUGCUGAGAGGAAGCGUAUCCAGGGGACAGCAGAUUUAUUUGGGCUAAAUCACUAUACAUCCCAGCUGGUCAACCAGAGCAUGGGGGGUUGUACCACUGGGCCGGCUGGGGUGGGGGAUUUCAUGUCCUACGCAGACCCAUCCUGGCCCGCUACUGCUUCCAGCUGGAUCCAUUCGGUCCCGUGGGGAAUCCGCCGGAUCCUCAGCUUCAUCACGGCUGAGUACACGUCUGUCACCAAGGUGCCCAUCUAUGUCACAGGGAAUGGCAUGGCCACAGGGGGAGAGGUGCUCAAUGACACGGAGAGAGUGCUCUAUCUCAGGAGUUAUAUCAACGAGGCCCUGAAAGCUAUUCGUUUAGACGGAGUGGACCUGCAGGGUUUCACUGUCCAGUCUUUGAUGGAUGGGUUUGAGGGCCCGCAAGGUUAUAGUGAACGUUUCGGUUUGCAUUACGUCGACUUCGCGUCCAUGGAUAGGCCAAGGACUCCAAAGGCUUCUGCCUAUUCCUACUCCCAAAUCAUAAAGAGGAAUGGCUUCUCUACCCUGAGAGAUAGGAGGAUCCUUCCAAAUGGCUCUACCAAUCAAUUCCAGACAACUUCACCAUCUAGCCUACCGCCAUCUGAGGUCCCAUCAAAGGCCAAAGUGGUCUGGGAGAAGUUCUCCCGCCAGUCAAAAUUUGAGAGGAAGCUCUACCACUAUGGGACUUUUCCUAAAGGAUUUUACUGGGGGGUCUCAUCAUCAGCAUAUCAGGUAGAAGGCGGCUGGAACGCAGAUGGGAAAGGCAUGAGUGUGUGGGAUGAGUUCACCCAUAAGCCCGGCAACAUUCCCGACAAUGACAAUGGAGAUGUGGCAUGUGACAGCUACCACCGGACAGAAGAGGACCUCUACAUGCUGAGAGCCCUGGGCGUGACAUCGUAUAGAUUCUCUCUGUCCUGGUCAAGAAUCUUCCCUAAUGGCCAGAGGGCAUCCCUCAACCAGAAGGGUGUAGAUUAUUACAAUAAGCUCAUUGAUGAUCUCCUAGCCUACAAUAUCGCCCCCAUGGUGACACUGUACCAUUGGGACCUCCCCCAGGCCUUAUUGAGCAGCAAUGGCUGGGAUAAUGUCUCCACUAUUGCUUUGUUCAAUGAGUUCAGUGACUUCUGCUUUGCCACCUUUGGGGACAGAGUGAAGUUCUGGGUGACUUUCAAUGAGCCCUACACCAUAGCAUGGUCAGGGUAUGGACUGGGGGCUAUUCCCCCCAAUGUCAAGAGUCCUGCUGAUGCCCCCUACAGGGUGGCCCACAAUCUGCUGAAAGCUCACGCUACGGUAUACCACACGUAUGACAAGAAGUACCGUAGCGCUCAGGGCGGUGUGGUCUCCAUCAGCCUCAAUGCUGACUGGAUGGAGCCUGAGGACCUAGAUGUCCCAAGGGAGGUGGUGGCUGCUGACCGUGCCAUGCAGUUCCAGCUGGGCUGGUUUGCUCACCCCAUCUUCAAGAACGGUGAUUACCCCGAUGCCAUGAAGUGGAUGGUGGGAAACAAGAGCGAGUUACAGGGCCUGCCAGAGUCCAGGCUCCCUGUGUUCACAGAGCAGGAGAAAGCCUACAUCCAGGGCACGGCUGACGUCUUCUGCAUCAAUGCCUACACCACAAAAAUAGUGCGUCACAUCACCCCCAGGCUCAACCCUCCAUCCUACGAUUAUGACCGAGACAUUGGAGAGGAGGAGGAGAGCGACUCUCCUGCGACUGACAUUGAUGGCCAGAGAGCUGUGGCCUGGGGCCUGAGGAGGCUUCUGAACUGGAUCAAGGAAGAAUAUAACGACCCAGAAAUCUACAUCACAGAAAAUGGGGUGGCCACCAACAUUAAGACCACUGUGGAUGACACGGAAAGGAUGUUCUUCUAUAAAACCUAUAUCGAUGAAGCACUGAAAGCUCAUGAUCUGGAUAGAGUAAGACUGAGGGGAUAUGUGGCCAGUUCUCUUAUGGACUCGUUCGAAUGGCUUCACGGCUACACUGUGGGCUUUGGGCUUCACCAUGUUGACUUCCAGCACCCAAUGCGCCCCCGAACCCCCAAACGCUCUGCCCACUAUUACCAUCGCGUUGUGAGAGACAAUGGAUUCCCUCAGACAGAGGAUGAGCGGGUACUAUAUGGACAAUUCCGCAAAGACUUCUUCUGGAGCGCAGCGACUGCUGCCUAUCAGGUGGAGGGAGGCUGGAGGGCUGAUGGGAAGGGACUGAGCAUCUGGGACAAGUUUGCGCACACCCCGCUGAAGGUUGGCAACGACGACAAUGGUGAUAUCGCCUGUGACAGCUACAAUAAGGUAGAGGAGGAUGUGGCCAUGCUUCAGAAGCUGAGGGUCACCCACUACCGCUUUUCCAUCUCCUGGCCGAGGGUCCUGCCUGACGGGACACCCAAGGUCAUCAAUGAGGCCGGGCUUCGGUACUACCACAGGCUGGUGGAUGCGAUGUUAGCAGCAAACAUACAACCGCAGGUGACUCUGUACCACUGGGACCUACCCCAGGCCCUGCAGGACCACGGGGGCUGGGAGAAUGACACCAUUGUCCGGAGGUUCAAGGACUACGCUGAUGUCAUCUUCAAUAGGCUGGGAGACAAAGUCAAGUUUUGGAUCACCAUCAACGAGCCUUACAAUGUGGCCAAUGUUGGCCAUGGAUAUGGCGCUGCUGCACCAGGUAUUAGCUUCAGGCCUGGCACACUGCCCUACAUUGUGGGCCAUAACCUGCUGAAGGCACACGCGGAGGCCUGGCACCUGUACAAUGAGAAGUACCGAGCCAAACAAGGAGGCAUCAUCUCCAUCACCAUCAAUUCUGACUGGUCAGAGCCUCGCAACCCCUACAAGCAGGAGGACAUUGACGCCGCUCGGCGGGUUGUAGAGUUCUACAUUGGCUGGUUUGCACAUCCUGUCUAUAAUGGAGAUUACAGCGAUGUCAUGAAGAACAUUAUUAGAGAGAGAAGCUUGGCUGCUGGCCUUCCUAAGUCAAGACUGCCAGAAUUCACCCCAGAUGAGGUUAAAAGAAUCAAAGGUACCUACGACUACUUUGGAUUCAACCACUACACCACAGUUCUGGCUUUCAGCGUGGACUACAAAAACCUCCAGCACUAUGAUGCAGACAGGUCGGCGGGGACCAUUGCAGACCGCAGCUGGCUGGAUUCGGGAUCAUCCUGGUUGAAAGUCACACCUCCAGGGUUCAGAAAAAUCCUGAAUUUCAUCAAGGAUGAGUAUGGGAACCCCCCCAUCUAUAUCACAGAGAAUGGCAUGUCAGAACGGGGCCUUAUUGACCUGAACGACAGCCACAGGAGCCAUUACUAUGAAAACUACAUUAACCAGGCCCUUAAAGCGUAUCUGCUGGAUGGUGUGGACAUUCGGGGCUACACGGCUUGGUCUCUCAUGGACAAUCUGGAGUGGGCCACUGGCUUUUCUGAGAGGUUUGGCCUCUUCUACGUUAAUCACUCGGACCCAGCCCUGCCGCGCGUGGCUAAACAGUCUACUGCUCGAUAUGCCACCAUUAUUACCUGCAAUGGCUUCCCUGACCCUGCUCUCGGCCCCCAUGAGUGUCUAAUCCCAGAACCUGAAGGAACUAGCUCUCCUCCAGUGAAAGUCCAAGGAGUCAGGUUUUUAGGCUUGGAGGUGUCCCCCGCUGAUGCAGAAGUGGCUUUGUACAUACUUUUCUCCUUCACAAUUGCCGGCACCAUUGCCACCAUCUUAAUAGCUUACAAAUGCAAGAAGGCAGUCCAGAAGUCCAAGCACAUAGAGAACAUCAACCUUGAGAAAAGAUUCUAA